AUAGAAAGAGUUCUCUUUGGUUGUUUUCAUUUGUUUCAUUGACUUUGAGGAGAGUGAAAAAGGUUUUAAAAGAACAGGAAUGGGUUUUAUGCCUACGUGAAAACCCAUUGUGUGGGUGACAUUUCAAAUUUUUAUUAACUCCGUCGACAUAAAAGAUUAAUCAAAAGUCCCAUAUUUUCCCACUUCUUACAAUUUUUCAUCCGGUGAAAUUUCAAACCUGUUCAUUUAUUACUAGCCUCAUAUAUUUUCGGAUACUAAUCUAAGUAUAAUAUUUUGGUCCAUUUAGUGAUUUUCCAAUUUGAUAGUUGAUACUAUUUUCUUUUUACGUCAUUUGCGCAUUUGUUCCUCAAAAAGCCGAAGUAAUACUAUUAUUUUUUAUCAACGUGAACCAUAAAUCCAAUGUCGUGAACAGGAAAUCACGGCAAGAAAAAAAGAAUAUUAACUCUAAGAAAACCUCAGAGAACAAAAUUGGAUAGCUCUAUUUUUUAUUUCGUUAUUAUUUUGUUUUCUUUUUAUUGAACGCCACUAUUACUUUUUCUUGCGUUGAACAUAUGAUUACGUCGAUAGUUUUGCGCCUCAAUCUAUACUAAAUUAACUUUGAAAUUUGAGAAAACGCAUUAAAUUGUCAUUACGCAAAACUUUAUUUAUUGAAAUUAAAAACUUUUAUAUUCUUCACUGAUUGAUUUACAAUUUUGUUUAAGCCCUUCUAGCUAACUUUGAAAAACUCUUAAAAACUAGUUUCCAUAUCGUCUAUAAUUCCUAUUUAUAUUCUCAUUAUCUCUUUUUAUCUCAUUUUAUUCCUGGGAUAACUUUGAUGUAGUUAUUCAAUCUUAGCUCAAAGUUUAGAACUAGAUUAAACUAAAUUUAUUUUCACCAACUAGAGAUUUACUUUUUCAUUAAUUUUGGCGGAUUUCAAUUUCAUAACAGAUCUUUUUCAAAUUGCAAAUUAUAGAUUUUAUUAAUCAAAGUUUGGUCACCUUGUUAUCAAAUCGAAUUAUUAUUAUUUUUGAAAACUGACCGCUGAAAAUGGUGAAGAAUAACGAGAAAUGGACGAUUUUGGGAAGUCCAAAAUUUACAAAAUCUUCAAAGAAUCAGCAAAAACCGAACGCUCUUCUGGAGAAAACAUUACGACCUCUUCAAAGUAAAUCGAAUUUCACCUCAAACAAUUCUUGGGACACCUUCAAAGAGUCAUUGAAAGAAAGGAAGCUUGAAUUGAUAUACAAUUUUCCCGGAAAAAUUCGCCUAGACCAGCACGGUAAAGCCAGUCUUUUUCCAUACUCAAUGCGACUCGAAACUGAAGAUGAAAAAACAGAAGACAGUUUUCCAGUCGGCGGGAAUUCAACAGAGGAGCAAAAACCGGCUGACUUUUUGUCUGUUUCCAAAAAGCAUCAAGACCUGGGCGUUCGAUCUAGAGCAAACUUGCCAAAUAGGUCGUUUGAUUUGUCUCCAGCUGUCACUGGUCUGGUGUUGUUCCUCUGUAUAGUGGGUCUAAUCGCUACAGCCUAUGUGUGCGUCAGAAAAGCAUUUCGUAAAAACAAAAAGGUGGGGGCUCUGGUUGGAGUGGGUGGGGGCAGUGGGAGCAAGAAGGGGGAGAAGAGGGGGUUGAAAUGCACUCCUGAAAUGAGGGCUGCUCAGGAGUUAGGCAAUGCUUACAAGGAAAAACUAAUAGAAGAUUUGGAUGCGGAAAAUGAGAAUUUCCUGGAUCAAUCGGGCAAUUCCACCUCUUCAUCUGGCAGGAAGGUACACCUGGGCAAACUGCACUUCUCAAUUGACUACAAUUUCUCCGAUAAUGAGCUGUGUGUGGGGAUAAUAGAGGCGAGUGAGCUGAUUGGGAUGGAUAUGAGUGGGACUAGUGACCCCUACGUGAAGCUGUACCUGCUCCCCUUCGACACUCAGAACAAGGGGGGAAGUGGGGGUGGGGGUGGGGGUGGGGGUAAUAGGAACAAGAAGCAGGAGACCAAAGUGCACAGGAAGACACUCAACCCACUAUUCAACGAACACUUCACAUUCCACGUCCCGUACGCAGAGAUAGCUGGAAAGACUCUGGUUUUGUCAGUGUUUGACUUCGACCGUUUCUCCAAACACGACCAGAUAGGCCAGUUGAACAUCCCUCUGACCUCGAUUGACCUGGGCAAGACAGUAGAUGAGUGGAGAGACCUCGUGCCCCCUGAUGACGGAAAAGAGAAUAACGUGCUUGGCGACAUCUGUUUCUCUCUGCGAUAUGUCCCUACGGCUGGUAAACUCACUGUGGUUGUACUGGAGGCGAAAAAUCUCAAGAAGAUGGACGUCGGAGGAUUAUCUGACCCGUAUGUGAAACUGGUGUUGGUGCAGAAUGGGAAGCGCCUGAAGAAAAAGAAAACGACAAUUAAGAAGAGAACUCUGAAUCCAUAUUACAACGAGAGCUUCGUAUUCGAAGUACCAUUCGAACAGAUACAGAGAGUCGAACUGCAUGUGAUUGUUUUGGACUACGACAGGAUGGGGAGCAACGAGGAGAUAGGGGGGAUAGUGUUGGGUUGCAAUGGAGUGGGGGCCGAAUUGAGACACUGGAGUGACAUGCUAGCAUCUCCGCGAAGACCCAUCGCACAGUGGCACACAUUGCAGGAGCUGACUGACAGCAUGAGUGACAAGUAGCGUUCUAGAACAUUCUAGAUUGCGCCACAACGUUCGAGAAGAUUCCAUAUAAAAUAGAAAAUUCAAGAAAGCGGAGAGCUUUUCAUACCACCCGAGAACAAUCGAUUUAUCCAGUAGAAUGGGCCAGGAAAUUCUAGAAACCUAAAACCAAAACAGUGCUGUUUUUCUUGAAUGAUGUGCAAUAGAAACUAAUUUAAAGAAACUGAGUUUACGAAAAUUUGUUGAUAAUUUUGAACACAGUUGGCGUGAAGCGGAACCAGAAAUUCCCAACAUGCAAUUGUUACAAACAAACUCUGAUUUUCUGAUAUUUUCUAGCGCUAUCUUUUUCUCGAAACAGAAACUGGUGUGAAUUUCGAAAGUGGUCAAACAUGUGACUUGAUCAAUUUAAACACAACUUUUUUGAUAACUGAAAGUUUUAAAGGCCACUCUCCACUCCAUAAAUUUCAAUUAAAGUAUCUUGUACUGAAAAAUACUUUUGAAAAAAAUUACCAAAAUGCCAAACAAAACCUUAUAAAUUGAUAGAACACUUGAACAAAUGAUGAAAAUUGUGACGAAAAAAAAAGAAACGAAAUACAUUUUGUAGAUAUAGAAUUUUAUUUAGAUACUUUUGAUGUUCAGAAUGUACCUACUGCUUGCAUUUAGUUGUUGCCAGUUCAUUCAACGUUUUUUUUUGU